CACUUUGCUAGUCUUCGGAUCAUUGUGUCGGUACAGCGUUGCUUCAGAAGUUUCGAAACACCAUUUUGAGUUUGUCAUCAUUACCCUGGAUCAAAACUGUUCGUACUGGUAAAGAGCGAAAAGAAGAUGCUUCCCGUGGAUUAGGCCAAUCUCAGACGCGUCAAAAAGCAAGAGAAGAACUAGGCUAGCUAAGUAGCUAGACAGCAGCAGAGCUGGAGAAAGACUACCAAUCGGAUUACUCCAGUAUCGAAUAUUACUAGGCCAUGAUGGCCUCAGAGGAGCUCUAUGAGGUUGAGAGAAUUGUUGGUAAACGUAAAAACAAGAAAGGGAAAAUGGAAUAUUUGGUCCGCUGGAGAGGCUAUGGCUUUGAAGGAGACACUUGGGAACCAGAGGCUAAUCUGGCCAGCUGCAUUGAAUUCAUCAGUGAAUUUAACCGCCAGCACAGUGAUAGGCAGAGAGACGGAACAAGCCUACGCUCUACACGCAGGUCUCCCAGUAUGGGUCUGAGCAGCAACAAUGCACGCAAACAGAUGAACAGGCCUCAACCACAUAACAGCGGUGUGAACCCUGCUAUGGGAAGGAUUUCUCCAUCCUCCCUAAGCAUGCCUUCUACCAGUGUUACAAAACAACUGCCCCCACCGCACACUUUGUUAGAUAAUAAGGACUCCAAUUACGAUGCAGACACAGAGCAACAACCUUUUUUGACUAACCAGAAAUUCCAAUGCUCUGCAGGUGUCAGUCUCAGCAGCACUACUGAGUCAGCAAGCACAGCAAGCACCACCCCAACCUUAGGUCAUACUGUAAGCACUUUACGCUGUAGUAUGGACUUGGCUAAGUCUGGAAUUAAAAUCCUAGUGCCAAAAAGCCCAAUGAACAGUCGGGCUGACUCUGAGGAGUCUCCUAGUGAGGCAGCACAUAGUCUGGACCAAGGCGGGCAGGAGCCAGAUAUUGUGCCCCCUGAAGUGGCACUGCAAGAGAAGUCUGUAGGACUUGUUUUAGGGCCAGGACAGGAGCGGGCACGCAUGGGCACACGGCCCAGGACACAGACAGCUCUCCCUCCACCUCAAGUCCCAAUUACACCUGCUGCUGUUCGUACACUGAAUGGGAAAAGUCCCUCUACACUUAUGGAGGCCUCAUCAGCCAAUGGGGUGGCAAGCUUCCAGAGUGGCGUGGCAGGGGUAGCAGCUGGCUCAGGUGUAGCAGGCCUAAUAGGAAAACGGAGGGUUGAGGAACGUUCUACAUUCGACAAACGCCUGCGCUUCAGCGUUCGACAGACGGAGAGUGCUUAUCGCUAUAGGGACAUUGUGGUGAAGAAACAGGAUGGCUUCACACACAUUUUAUUUUCUACUAAGACCUCUGAGAACAAUUCACUAAAUCCUGAUGUGAUGAAGGAGGUUCAGAGUGCCAUGGCCACAGCAUCAGCUGAUGACAGUAAGCUGGUCCUCCUGAGUGCUGUUGGCAGUGUGUUCUGUUUUGGCCUGGACUUCAUCUAUUUUAUCAGACGACUCACAGAUGACCGGAAGAGAGAAAGCAUCAAGAUGGCAGAAACUAUCAGGACAUUUGUGAACACGUUCAUCCAAUUCAAGAAGCCUAUUAUUGCUGCUGUGAAUGGACCUGCUAUUGGGCUUGGAGCUUCCAUCUUGCCCCUUUGUGAUGUUAUCUGGGCCAAUGAGAAGGCCUGGUUCCAAACUCCUUAUUCAACCUUUGGCCAGACACCAGAUGCCUGCUCCUCUAUAACAUUUCCUCACAUAAUGGGAGUUGCUUCGGCUAACGAGAUGUUGCUGAGUGGGAGGAAAUUGACAGCCCAGGAGGCCUGUGCCAAAGGUCUGGUGUCCCAGGUCCUCUGGCCAGGGACCUUUACUCAGGAGGUCAUGGCUCGCAUUAGGGAGCUAGUCUCUUGUAAUUCAGUUGUUCUGAGGGAGUCCAAAGCACUGGUGCGGAACAUUAACCGGGCUGCCCUCGAGCAGGCCAAUGAGAGGGAGUGUGAAGCAUUAAAGAGGGUCUGGGGCUCUCCUCAGGGCAUGGACUCUAUACUAAAAUACCUUCAGAAGAAGAUCAAUGAGUGAAAUGACUGCUAAAAAGUAACCAUUAUAUGCUGGACACCAUUCACAAGUGCCUGAUGUUAAAGACAGUUUUAGUGCGACAAAACGGCAUCAUGGUAAAUCCCAAUAUUGACCCCUCUUAUUCAUUAGUUUACUGAAAUAUGGGACUUCAAGGCCUUUACCAAGUACAAAUGUUUUUGUUUUUUUUCUUUCAGUAGACAACAAGGUGCCCUGCACCCUGAUAAUGACUGUAAUGUGUAAUCCGUUAUGUGUGUUUUUGUCCUAUGGGUUACUAGCAGGAAACUUGGUUCAGGUAAAAGAUGAUUUUUUUUUUUCCAUUAAAAUGGUUAAAAAGCAUUUUAUGAUUGGGCUCUGUCCACUGAACACCUUGUGAUAACAGGUUUAAUGGACUUCCUGAUAACAGUUCUGUCUUUUGUUCUUUUAAGAAAAUGCUUAAAAUCAUUAUGAGUACCUGUGUUUAUAUUCUGUCUUGAACUAAUGUUGUUCAUCCACACAUUAUUUACUAGUUUCCAACAAAACAUCUCUUGUGCAAAAAAAAAAAAAAGACAUCAAUCUUUUAGUCAUGUAUGUUUGUACAUAUAUAGCUUUGUCAAACUUCCAGCUAUAAAAUGUGGAAAGUUAUUUAAAAUAUGUUUAUAUUUAGUAUUUAUUGAACACCCAGUGUUUGGGAAUAAUGAUUUCUUUUGUGUUUUUCCCUUUGAAUUGGUUCACUGUACGUUUAAUUCUCGUUUGGCAAGUCCCCUAAUUGUAUUAGGGGACUUACCAAAUGAGUACUGUUUUUAUUCUGAGUUGUUUCAUUUAUUUUACAUAUUAUAAUUUGUCUUUCUUUCUUUAAUGUGAUAUAUUUUUUUAAGUUUUAGGAGGGAAAAACUGACUGGUAAUGUAUAGCUGUAUAAUGUUUUCUACUCUACUAAAAUAAUUUUCCUUGUCUAAUUUCUCGAUUGAAAAUAUAGUGGAUUAAAACACUUUUGGAACUGGUUAAAAAAA